GGCAGGGCGGCUGCGCAGUCCCCUCAGAGGGGCGCUGGCGCGCGGGCUGAGGCGCGUCGGCCCGGAGUGGACCGGAGCGUUGCGCGGCGGGGCGAUGAGCGGCGCCCGGGCCCCGGGCCCCGAAGCCGGCGCCGCCGGGGCCGAGCCCCCUGGCGCGGCGCUGAGCGUGGACGUGGCGGGGCUGCUGGCGCAGCUGGCGCGCAGCUUCGCGCUGUUGCUGCCGGUGUACGCGCUGGGCUACCUGGGCCUGAGCUUCACCUGGGUGCUGCUGGCGCUCGGGCUGCUCGUGUGGUGCCGCAGGAGCCGCGGCCUCAAGGCCACCCGUCUGUGCCGCGCGCUGGCGCUGCUGGAGGGCGAGGAGCGCGCCGUGCGCCUGGGGGUGCGCGCCUGCGACCUGCCGGCCUGGGUUCAUUUUCCAGACACUGAAAGAGCAGAAUGGCUAAAUAAGACAGUAAAACACAUGUGGCCUUUUAUUUGCCAAUUUAUAGAGAAGUUAUUUCGAGAAACCAUAGAGCCGGCCGUGCGGGGAGCACACACCCACCUCAGCACCUUCAGCUUCACGAGGGUUGACGUGGGGCAGCAGCCCCUCAGGAUCAAUGGUGUUAAGGUGUAUACUGAAAAUGUGGACAAAAGGCAAAUUAUUUUGGACCUUCAGAUUAGUUUUGUAGGAAAUUGUGAGAUUGAUUUGGAGAUCAAGCGAUAUUUUUGUAGAGCUGGUGUGCAAAGUAUACAGAUUCAUGGUACAAUGCGGGUGAUCCUGGAACCACUGAUUGGAGACAUGCCCUUAGUGGGAGCUUUGUCUAUCUUCUUCCUUAGGAAGCCACUUUUAGAAAUUAAUUGGACAGGACUGACUAAUCUUCUCGAUAUCCCCGGAUUGAAGGGUUUGUCAGAUACUAUCAUUUUGGACAUAAUAUCAAACUACCUGGUGCUUCCCAACCGAAUCACGGUUCCUCUCGUCAGCGAAGUUCAAAUAGCACAGUUGCGGUUUCCUAUACCAAAGGGUGUCCUGAGGAUACACUUUAUUGAAGCUCAGGAUCUUCAGGGAAAAGACACCUACCUUAAGGGACUUGUCAAGGGGAAGUCAGACCCCUAUGGAGUGAUUCGAGUUGGCAACCAAAUCUUCCAAAGCAAGGUCAUCAAGGAGAACCUCAGUCCAAAGUGGAACGAGGUGUACGAGGCUCUGGUCUAUGAACAUCCCGGACAGGAAUUAGAGAUCGAGCUCUUUGACGAAGACCCAGACAAGGACGACUUCCUCGGAAGUCUUAUGAUUGAUCUUAUUGAAGUUGAAAAGGAGCGCCUUUUAGAUGAAUGGUUCACCCUGGACGAGGUCCUCAGAGGAAAGCUGCACUUGAAACUGGAGUGGCUCACGCUCAUGCCAGACGCUUCAAACCUCGAGAAGGUGCUGACAGACAUCAGAGCUGACAAAGAUCAAGCCAAUGACGGGCUGUCCUCCUCGCUGCUCAUCUUGUACUUGGACUCAGCCAGGAACCUCCCGAGUAACCCAUUAGAAUUUAACCCUGAUGUCUUGAAGAAGGCUGCAAUUCAGAAAGCUUUAAAGUCAGGGAAGAAAAUAAACAGCAACCCAAAUCCUCUUGUCCAAAUGUCAGUUGGUCACAAGGCCCAGGAGAGCAAGAUUCGGUACAGAACCAAUGAACCUGUGUGGGAGGAAAACUUCACUUUCUUCAUUCACAAUCCCAAGCGCCAGGAGCUCGAGGUGGAGGUGAAAGAUGAGCAGCACCAGUGUUGCCUGGGGAACCUGAGGAUCCCUCUCAGCCAGCUGCUCCCCUGCGAGGACAUGACCCUGAACCGGCGGUUCCAGCUCAGUAACUCAGGUCCCAACAGCUCGCUGAAGAUGAAGCUCGCCCUCAGGGUACUCCACCUUGAAAAGCAAGAAAGGUCUCCAGACCACCAGCACUCAGCUCAAGUAAAGCGACCCUCUGUUUCCAAGGAAGGGAGAAAAAUAUCUGUCAGAUCUCAUAUGUCUGCAUCGCCAGGCACUGGUGACAGCAGCACAGCCCCGUCCACGCCGGUCAUCGGGGGCUGCGAUAAUAAGCCAGGUGUGGAAGAGAGAGCCCAGCCUGCAGAGGCCAGCCCGCAGGGGCCACGGGACCUGGGCAGAAGCUCCUCCAGCCUCCAGGCCAGCAGCACCGGCUCCCCCAGCCACGUCUCCGUCAAGGAGCCCACCCCAAGCAUCGCCUCAGACAUCUCGCUGCCUGUCGCCACGCAGGAGCUGCGACAGAGGCUGCGGCAGCUUGAGAAUGGGACGACCCUGGGACAGUCCCCGCUGGGGCAGAUCCAGCUAACCGUCCGGCACAGCUCGCAGAGGAACAAGCUGGUGGUGGUCGUGCACUCCUGCAGAAAUCUCAUUGCCUUCUCCGAAGACGGCUCUGAUCCCUACGUCCGCCUGUAUUUGUUACCAGACAAGAGGAGGUCAGGAAGGAGAAAAACACACGUGUCAAAGAAAACGCUGAACCCCGUGUUUGAUCAGAGCUUUGAUUUCAGUGUCUCGUUGCCGGACGUGCAGAGGAGAACCUUGGACGUGGCCGUGAAGAACAGCGGUGGCUUCCUGUCCAAAGACAAAGGGCUUCUCGGCAAAGUACGACCUCACGGAGGAUGGGACGAGGCCCCACGUGGUGACGUAGGCUGUGCUGGCCGAGGAGCCCCCGCUGUAUCUGCCAGCCCCGUGCCGACACGCAGCCCACACAGACGCACCCAUGCUCUUUUUAUAAUUUCAUGUACUUGGUUACUUGUCCCUUAGUGGUUUUAUAAAACAUUGACGUUUUAGGCAUGUUUGGCCAUUAUUAGCAUUAAGUUUUGUAUGUUUAAUUUCCUCUAGUAUUUGACCAGUUUUUUCGGCGUGUGUAGGAUAGUGGUCAACCGUUGUGUGCGUAAAGCUGUAUGUCAGUUGUCUCUCCUAGGAAGCCGAUAUAUGGUUGUGCUUUUUUAUGGCUUUGUUUUGUAUAUCACUGAGGUGCACUAUGCUGUGUAAAUAGACUAUUUUUUAUAAUCUCUACAUGCUGGUUUGAAUUCAGAAGAAAAUGGAUCAAGGAAAUAUAUAUAUUUUUUUCUUCUAAAACUUAUUAAAUUCUUAUGACAAAUAACCGUUUUUGUCUCUGCAGGAAAAAGCUCUCAGUGACCUAUUUUGUGGUGUUUCUUUUUAAAAAGAAAAGCUGAAAGAUUAGUAAAUAGUAGUAUAUUUCUGCCCAUUAUGAAUGAUGAAAGAAUGUAUUCAAAGUAUUUACACUUUCUUAAAUAUAAAGAUAUAUUAUUGAGAAGUCAGUUGAAGUGCUUAUAAGGAAAAAUGUCAUAUAACUGAGUUAUAUAAAAUAUUAAGAGAGUAGUCAUGGUUCAUAAAUCAUAGUGCACUAAUCUGAAAUUUCUUACAUAAAAUGGAAUGUCUUAAGUUUAUUUCUAGUUGCUUGUUGUAACUUAUUCAUGAAAUAGUGCAGAUACAUAAUCAUACUUUUCCUGAAAUGUAAUACAGACGGAUUUUAAAUGUUAGCAGUUAGUCUGUUGUGAAAUUUACAGUGUUUUUCAGCCCGAAAAGAAAGACAAACUUAUGUUGUCCCCGUAGAGGCUGUGAGGUAGGUCGGGGUGAGUAGCUAGGAAGCCGACGCCGGCCCGUGAUCGUCAGCGUGACGCACACAGAGGACAGAGCCCCCGAGCCGGCACCAGCCACCACCACGGCCCCGGGGUUCCGGCACAGCGGCUGCUGGUUGUAAAGAACCCCAUGCUGGGUUUCCUCACUUUAUGCCACGACUGACCUCAGUGUUGGGAUAUUGUUAUACAGCUUUUAUUUGGGAAUAUUUUUCUUCUUAGAUUAUGAAAAGCAUGUUUUAGAUACUUAAAGGCCCCAAGCCUCUUAGGAGGUGAGGCUCCAUAGCCGUGCGGUAGCUGUGCAUGCCCCAAACACAGGGUGCAUGUGUGCAGAAAGAGCUUUAAGGAUUCUAAGGCGUGUGAUGCAAAUGACUUCCUUAGCCACGGGGGCACCCUACAGUUAUGUAGUAAUCCUGGGGAAAACAGAGCUGUGAGAUUGAGUCAGAGACCUCACUAGGGCCCCGCCAUGGACUCCUGGGUGUGACCGGCCUGCCCAAGUGCCUGUGUGGACGCCACCGCUGCUCCUGCCCUCUGGCGGGUUUCAGUUGUGUCCACCGCACAUUUUGAACCCUGGGUGUGCGUGUGAUGGGGCCUGUAGCCUUGCAGUACGUCUCACGCAGUCGUGCAGACCCGGUGCUCUCGCAGCUUCCUGGGUCAUGAAGCUUCUCCAAAGCCCCAGCAGAGACCAUCUCCUCUGUCAGCGCAGAGGGCGUUAGGAACGUGGUGACACUCAGGGGUGUGUGCUCGGGAAACACCUAACUCUGGUAUUUUAGCAGCGUGAGGAAGACAGGUAAUUCCUAAAUCUAGUUGCCUGCCCGUGGUAUUAGAUCUUUGGAGAUUUUUUAAAAAUUAGGUUUGUUGUGGGAAUUCCCUGGUGGUCCAGCGGUUAGGACUCGACGCUCUCACUGCCAGGGGCCUGGGUUUGAUCCCUGGCCAGGGAACUAAGAUCCCACAAGCCAUGAGGUGCAGCCAAAAAAAAAAAAAAAAAAGUUUGUUGCAGGGCUUCUGGCAGUGGUCCCCAGCCUUUUCGGCACCAGGGCCCAGUUUCGUGGAAGACAGGGGGUGGCGUGGAGGAAGAUGGCUCAGGCGGUGACGCCAGCAGUGGGGAGCGAUGGGGAGCGGCAGGGGAAGCUUCGCUUGCUUGCCCGCUGCUCACCUCCUGCUGUGCGGCCCGGUUCCGGUCCUCCUCCCGGGGGUUGGGGACCCCUGGCUCCUGGCAUAAUUUCUAAGGAGAAACACUCACUGAAAUGUAGCAUACCAGUGAUUUCUACCAACAUCCCCAGCUUUUGGGUUUUGUAGCCACGUGGUUCACCUAUUCAACGUGUAUUUUACAUGAUGGAAUACUUUAAUUAAGCAAUUAGGCAAAAUAAAUGCCGUGAAAGGUACAAAACCCAAACAAAGCCAGUUAGCAGCAUGAUGCCCACCCUCUGUGUGGACGGUCGGGCUGGACACAGACCCAGCAGCCAGCUCCAUUCUCUUUGAAAGGAAAGGGAUGACUCUAAGGUCACUGAAAUACCUCCCAGGUAGGAUUCUGUCUUGAUGGCCGAUGGGUGUUUUGGGAACCUCUUGUGUCCAGUCGGGCAGCUGAGAAUCAGUAUCGGGCCAGACCCCCAGCCGGGCUCCAGGAUCCUGGCGAUGGACACUCCAUUCUCAAAACUUUCAUUGCCGGUGGUUCUGAAUAAUUGAUUCAUCUGGGAAAAGGGAACUUUAGCUUUUCUACCUUGAGCCAAACCAAUGGAGGGGAAAUUAGUGUUGGUUAAUUUGAAUUGUUACUUUGUUGCUUAUCCUGUGCCUUAAAGUAGGAAGUAUGAGGCCUUGCUUCAGGUUAAAACAGAAGGAGCCUUGCAGCUGAAUUUGCCACAGUUUAUUCCUCAUCCAGAGGUCAGCCCUCUGUCAAGCACUGAAGCCAAAUGCAGUCAGCGUGUGUGUUUAUAUUGUGGUUGUUGCUUUAAUUCCAGUCUAGCUGGACGGCCCGCUGUGGAUGGAACACAGCAGAGGGUUUAUUGUAGAAUGCCCUUUCUGCUCAACUAAUUUUACAUGACAGUGCAUGUGUUUAUUCAAUAAAACUUUUCUGUUAGUUCA